AAAACCCUCCUGACCCACCAAUUCAGCACAUUGUCCAGUGAGAGAUCGCAGGUCGAGAGGAUGAACGCUCGGGUGUGCUGCUCGUUGAUUGCUGUUUUGUUGUGUUUCUCUGUGUGCUUGAGCACAACAGACGCCAAAAAACAUGCCAAAGUAAAACGAAACGUUCGUUUGUUUCCAGCAAAGCCAGGAGUGUGUCCUGAUGACAAAGACAUGAUAGGAACGUGUGUCGAGGACUGUUUUGGUGACAGUGAAUGUCCAGAUGAUGAGAAAUGCUGCAGCAAUGGAUGUGGACACGUGUGUAUGCAUCCAUAUAAAGCAGAAAAGCCAGGAUCAUGUCCAAAACCCGUUGGAUUUGGACUGUGUGCUGAGAUGUGUUCUGGUGACAGUAACUGUCCAAACAAUCAGAAAUGCUGCAGCAAUGGAUGUGGACAUCAGUGUAUGGCUCCAUAUAAAGAAAAGCCCGGGGUAUGUCCCAAAAUCAGUCUUGAAGAUGACAUGUUAGGAGUGUGUGCUGAGUUGUGUUCCCAAGACGGUCACUGUCCAAUGAUGAGAAAUGCUGCAGCAGGAUGUGGACUCAGUGUAUGGCCCAUCUAA